AAAAUGGCCGCCGAAGUGUAAAGAGUAUACUUUUUUAGAAGUUCGUGUUUUUCGCUUAAUUUGAUCAUUAUUUGUACAUUUUUUAUGAAUUUUGGUGAGUCCAGUGGCUGCACAAAGAUGCUCAGCACAAAUAUGCCCAAAACGCAUAACUAAAUUGUUUUGCGUUUUCUUUUGAGUACAUCAGCUAAUAGCAUUGAGAAAGAAACCGAAGAAGAAGAAGCGAAAGAAAUCAUCAAGCAAACGCAGUGAAAAUUAUAAUAUACAACAGCAAUGCAAUGUUAGUGAAUGCAGCAGAAGCAGUAAACAACUGGCACGAAAAUGACAGCAAUCAAAAUGACAAACUGCAGUGAUUAAAACCAGUCGGAGAGUCAGGCAAGAGCCAAAGCCAGAGACAGCCCCAUUGGCACCAGUAGACAGCCACAGCCACGACCAGAGCCAGCCAGCCAGCCAGCUAGCGAGCCACUCAGUCUGUGAGUGUGCCAGUGGCAGCUGCACGACCAGCACUACCACCACCACCACCACUAGCAAUAGCAAUAGCAUUAUCAGCCGCACUGCUGAAUCAUCAGAAUUGCAAAAAAGCCUGGCUCAACAGUUUUCAAGUGCGCUACGUCAAUUGAAAAUACUUAAUUCUAGCUGUGCUGCAACAACUAAAGAACACGUCAAGAGACCUUCAGCGUUCAUCGCCAACAGCAAAAGCAAAAGCAGCAGCAGCAACAAUGCUAAUUACUGACCGUAGCAGAUAUCAACACAACAAAAGCAGCCGCAGCAUCAGCAGCCGCAGCAUCAGCAGCAGCCACAGCAGGGCGAGGGCAACAACAACCAGAACGACAACAGCUGUCGCGCGGCAUAUGUUGGUGUUCCUCCUCGGCCCCAGUAUCUGCCUCUGCCUUGCCAAUGCUUGGAUGCCCGAUGUGCGGCCCGAUUUGCAAACGAAGGCAGACAAAGUGACGGCGAGUUUCUUUGGCAACACGACGGACUAUUAUAAGAUUUUGGGCUACGAUGAUGAGAAUAUUCUCGUGGGUGCCAAGGACUUCUUUUACAACAUCAGCAUGCGCGGAUUGAAGGAGAACAGUCGCCUGGUGUGGCCCAGUUCGGGUGCGGAUCGGGAGCUGUGCAUGCUGAAGGGCAAACACGAAUGGGAUUGCCACAACUAUUUGCGUGUCUUCUCGCGACUCAAUGAUGGACAAUUUCUGCUGUGCGGCACCAAUUCGUACAAGCCACGUUGUCGCCACUAUGCGAACGUCGAGCAGGCAGCAUCGGACGGAGCAGAUGCGACGGUCACCAGCUCCAGCUCCAGCGGCAACAGCAUGCGCUAUGAGAUAACACGAGAUGUGGAGGCGCAAGGCCUGUGCCCAUAUAGUCCCGCCCACAACAGCACCUACGCCUUUGCCGAUGGGCAGUUGUAUAGCGCCACUGUUGCCGAUUUCUCUGGCGGUGAUCCCUUGAUUUAUCGCGAGAAUCUGCGCACCGAGCAAUACGAUCUCAAGCAGCUCAAUCAACCGGAUUUUGUGGGCGCCAUUCAGCGCAAUGGCUACGUGUUCUUCUUUUUCCGCGAACUGUCCAUGGAGUACAUGAACUUUGGCAAGGCGGUCUAUUCGCGUGUGGGUCGUGUCUGCAAGAAUGAUCGUGGCGGUCCCUACAAUCACGGCAAGAGCUGGACAUCGUUCCUCAAGGCGCGGCUCAAUUGCUCGAUGCCCGGCGAAUUUCCAUUCUACUUUGAUGAAAUACAGGCCAUAAGUCCGAUUGUGGAGAGUGGCGCCAAUGCAAUGGUUUAUGCCGUGUUUACAACCUCGGUGAAUGCCAUACCCGGGUCGGCGGUGUGCGCCUAUCGUGUGGAUGAUAUAUUGGCCGCCUUUAAUGGAGACUUCAAGUCGCAAAAGGACUCACAAUCGCACUGGCUGCCCGUUGAGCAGACACAGGUGCCCAAGCCACGUCCCGGCCAGUGUGUGGAUGAUUCGCGCACGCUGACCAGCAUUGCGGUGAACUUUAUUAAGAAUCAUCCACUAAUGGAGACAGCUGUGCCUGCUGUGCACGGCCGUCCGCUGCUGACCAAGGUGAAUCUACAUCACCGACUGACGGCGAUUUCGGUGGAUCCGCAGGUGCGCGCAUUGAAUGGCAAAAAAUAUGAUGUCGUCUACAGCGGCACUGAUGACGGCAAAGUGACGAAGUUCAUCAAUACGGUGACAAUGCAUCAGAAUGGCAGCACCGAACGCCUGCGCACCGUGGUCAUCUCCGAGAUGCAGGUUCUGCCGCUGGGCACUCCAGUGCGCGAACUGGUCAUCUCCUCCAAGAAGAACACACUCGUUGUGGUGAGCGAUGGGCGACUGGUGACGGUGCCACUGCAUCACUGCUCGCUGAUUGUCGACUGCCUGGGCUGUUUGAGCUUGCAGGAUCCGAACUGUGCCUGGGAUCUGCAGACGCACGAGUGCAAGAAUUUGGCUGCCAGUCAACAUAAGUUCGGCACCAAAAGCUAUCUGCAGAGUCUAAAUACGACUAAAAAGGCAGCGGCAUCUUUGUGCCCGAAAACUGCUGCGGAUCCAGUAAUUGUUACCAUGGCACCAUCACAAAUGGAGGAAGUGCAAAAGCUCCACUACGCCAGCAUGGGUGGUGCGCCAGCGGAGGUGCAGCCCAGCCAGGAACAGCAGCCAACAGGCAGCGGUGCUGACCUAAAUGACUAUAUUGAUGAGAAUAAAAUACCGCAAGCAUCUGUGGAUCCCGAGCAGGUUAUGACCAAUCUGCAUGAUCCCCAGAAGUCAAUUGCUGUCGUCAAUGAGCUACAGACGGCAUCGCCCAUUACAAGCUACACCUUAAUGUUGAUCAUAUGUGCCUUCCUGAUAACAUUCUUUCUGGGCGGCUUUGCGGGCAUUCGAAUCAAGCAAUGGUGCAACCAGAAUCGACUUGAUGCCAGCCAUCACAAUCACUUUGGCAAGCCCAUUUCACAAUUCAAGCAUCCAAAUAGCGGCAAGGACAUUAAUUUGUUAAUCAACUCGAAUUCAUAUACCACAACACAGAAAACACCGAAUCUGGAUCUUGAAAAGGAUCGGAGUCACGAGUGCAAAAACUCCACAGAGCAUUUGGAAAAGGAGCUACCCUGCAAAACGUCGACUCUGACAAAAGUGAAGCGAACUUAUAUCUGAAGUGGGGAAGGGAAAACAGCAUCAGUUUUUUUGAUGGCCAGUUUACCACAAAAUUAGUUGAAUUUUCAUUGUUUAUGUUGCUGUUAGUUGUUGUGAACCCACCCCGUUUGGACAAAUCAACAGUUUUUCGAUGCGUUUGAAACGUGUCUUGGUACAUCCGAAACUGUUGUGCUUAUAUUUAGUUUUUUUUGUCAAGAUUUAGUUAAAUUUAUCUACACAGCGUAGCGUCGAGUGCUCUGCUAGCAGAAAAGUUAAUACCCCCGAUAAAGAGUAUGCUUUAGCUGCUACGAAGUAUUCGAUGCGACACGCCUAUAUGUUUAUUUGGUAGUAUAAUUUGUAAGCACAAUAAUUAGAGCUUAGACGAUGGCAUAUCACACAUAGAAUCUGAUAAUUGGGUUACACACAAAAAUUGGCAAUGUUUCUUUUGAACGGAGUUUUUUUGGGGUGUGCCCAAGAAAAUAGCGAACCCACCCACAAAUCGAAUAUUUUUCUCGAAAUUCAAACGAUUAUUAUUCUGUACAAGUAUUUUGUUAGACUGAAUAUUUUUCUAUAAUUUUCUUUAUAGUUUUCUAUGUGCAUGCUAAACAAAAUGGUAUUUAAUAAUAUAAACUGCAUAUGUCUUGUGGCUAACAAAUGCAAUAUAAAUUGUAUCUAACAUAAAGCUCAAUAAGGAAUUGAAUAUAAGAGAAUGUAUUUUUGUAAUUCGAUUAGGUACCAUCUAGACUUAAGGAACUUCAUGAUUUUUUAGGUUUAAAUUCUGCGGUCAAACAUAAAUGAGGCUGAUUCGUAAGAACUGAGAUCCCUUGACACAGCAGCCUAAAACCAUGAAGAGAAAGAAUAACGCACAAAUCUUGAAAGCACGCGCCUUACAUAAAAAUCAAUCAAUAUAAUCGAUAUAUAAAAGCCUAUAUUUAGGCCUUAAAUGUAAAGUUAAACAUUAUAGCCUAAGCAUUACAAUAAAUACACACUUGCAUGUAUUUUUAAGCAGAA